AUGAUUGAUGAAAAGAGAGAAAAGAGGUUGGAACGGAUGCGCCAGUCGCAGCAGAAGCUACGUAUGCGGAAUGCUGAGCGUUUCAAUCUUCUUGAAGCCAAAGUCGAAGCUUUAGAGCGAGAAAAUGCACGGCUCGAAAAUGAGAUUGCAGCACUACAUGGCUGCGAAAUUUUGGAACAUAACACAUUAACUAAUGUUGAAUUGAAAAAAAUGAUUGAAGAUUACUCGCCAAAAGUUGGUGAAACUAUUCUGUUGAACGAAUUUUUAACCAGAUACAAUAUCAAUGAUAAACGAUUGUACCAGGAUCAAGAGUUCAUUUUAGUGAGAAUUUGCAAGAAGUUGAUAGAAUGUCUAGAAUCUUUCAUAUCUGACAAGGAGGUACGUCACUCUCCCAAUCAUGAUUUCGAAUAUUUGGAAAUGUAUGGCCGAACGUUACCAUCACUUUACUAUGCUCAGAUGAAAGCCGUGGGGGAAGAAAGGAUUCCCACGAGUUGGCUCAAAUGCACAUUGCUUCCUCGAGAUACUCUUGGAAUAAGUGAAGUUCUCAUCUACUUGAUUAUUCACCUAAAGCCAGACCAUGCAAACUUUCAAGUCUUGACAUUUGCAUUGGCACGCUAUUUUUGUGCCACUCCAUUUGGACCGGCUAUUACGAAAGAGCACCUCGACAAAGCAAUUGAACUAUCUUACAAUCCAAAGUUGGACCUGUUCUAUUUGCUCGGAACGUUGGAGGUCCAAUUGUGCGAUGUCCCCGAAUCGUUGGUUGAUUCGUUGGUGAAAUGA